GUACAAGUUUGUAAACAAAAAAGGAAAAAAAAAAAAAAAAAAGAAGGGAAAUUAUAUAUUAAUAUAUUUAUAUUUUGUAGCUAUGAGCUCAAUUUUGGCUCAAUUCAAGGAAUGUGGAUUAAGAAGAAUAGGACUGAUACUGACUAGUCGUAGUAUAACUUUUCGGACUAGAAAUCCAGGGGAUCCUCAUUUUGAUCGCAAACGAAUGAUAGAAGUUUGCAAGCCAAUGUUUAUCCCUGAUAAAAGGCAUGAGUUGGAAACAUGUGCGUCUGCGGUUCUUGUAUCUGAAAAUGCGGUCCAUCCUUAUCACAGAAUAUUGUGUAAUGAACUGAAAAUGAGUUGGGAGGCUUCACCUGUUAGAAUGAUUUUCCACUUGAAUUCAGCAAAAGAAAAAUACAAGAAAGAAGUUCGAAAUAUGUUCUUCAAAAAGGAUCUCUUUCUUCACAUUUAUCCGAACGAAGUUCUAAAACUAGCAUUCACCAAGACUCCAUUUGAAUCUGUGUUGCAUCUGUUUGAAUCAAGUAGUUGCUUAGUCUUUGGUUCAAAACUUUCACAGCUUAGCGAUGUUUUGAAGUUGAGUAAAAAGACACAAUAUGUGUUUUUAUUGGGAGGCAUUAUAGAAGAUGCAUUUUAUAGUCAAGAACAACUUCAAAAAAUCAGUCGACUGGACAGAGAAAAAAGUCAUCAAGAAUUGGCUCGUAAUCUUGAGUGCAUAGCAUCUAGCACAUGUGGUUCUUUGAGUCAUCAUACAAAUGUUUUGUCUAGAUACUUAACAGAACUGUCAAAUGAAAAGUCAUGAUAUGCUUCAAAUAAAAAUCACUAAAAUGUAAAUUUGAUAUU